AUGGCCGGGCGGCCCUCGCGCGAGAGCUGGUCCUGGAAGCGCUACGAGCGCCCGGGGCUGAUGCAAGAUGAGAUCGAGGAGGUCAAAGAGGCUUUCGACCUCUUCGAUGUGGAUGGAACCCAGCGGAUCAACCCACGGGACCUGAGAGCCUGCGUACAGUCGCUGAACCUGCGACGCAAUCAGGUUGUUCACCAUAUCCUCAACGACUUGGAAAGGCAGGGCGGAAAGCCACUGGACUUCGGCGCCUUUCUGGAUUUGAUGACCGCCAAGAUGGGUGAGCGGGACACAAAGGAGGAUGUCUCCAAGGUCUUCCGACUCUUCGAUGACGACCGAACGGGCAAAAUCUCGCUGCGAAACCUGCAGCGGGUGGCGCGGGAGCUCGGCGAGCAGCUUCCGGUCGAAGCCCUGGAGGACAUGAUCGCACGAGCCGAUGCGGAUGGCGAUGGUGAGGUGACUGCGGAGGCGGAAGUUGUGGCCAAGCUGAUUGCCAGAACCAGCUACAAAGCGGGCGAGCGUGCUCAGUUUUCGACAGAAACCAGGCCACAGGCCGCGGGCCUGUCUUCGCUCCUGGGUUGCUUCAGCUCCGAGUUGCAAGAGGGCCUCUUUGAGGAGAAGCUGCGUGACACGGGGGAGAGGCUAUUGCUCCGUGAGACCCUGUUUUGUGAGGGCAUGGCCACGGAAUGUCUUACUCGUGAUUUCUGUGACCCCGUCGUUUCAGAGGUGCCGCGCGGCAAAAGUGGCGAGUUCAGAUGGAUCAAGGCCGCAGAGAUGGAGGUCGUGAGCCUCCUCUUCCAGAUCGGAGUCCCAGUGCCAGUUUUUUGGUACGUCCCUUCUAUCAGGAACUCGCAUCAAGAGAAUCGAGGCUAUGCUUUUAUAGGCUUCGAUCCGGGCGGCUGGGAGCUGCCCUACCUCCAGUCCCUCGUCCAGACGGAGCCCUCCCUCGGACUUCGGCUGGAGAGGUGUCGCAAGACUAACUUGGAAGCAUCGCAGAUGGCGUGGAUGGGCCCUUCAGAUUGCCUAGAACUGAUCAACGAGCUUGCCCGGUAUGGUGCCUUCACACCGACAGGGUUGCGGUUCUAUUGUCUGAUCUUUGUAAUUGUAGAUAUCACAAAUUGCAUCACCGGGACAAACCAUCCGAUGGCUUUUCUGUCAGACACCUCGACAACCGCUGCAUGUGACCAGCAGGCUCGAGAGGAUGGAUCGCAAGACGUGACAGAGCCAAGCAAGGGGUCCGAGAAUCGGAAUUCCGAGACUCCCAUUGUUGGCAACGGAUCCACCAGUGGUAGCAGCAGCAGUUCGCAUGGCGUGCGGGGCUGUGUUCUCGGCAGUGGCCCCGAUAGCGACUCGAGCCAUCGGACGGCACCGAUCGACGAGUCGAGUCGGACAGAGGGCUCCGAAGGAUUUCAGCCCCCGGUAGAAAUCCCGUGGACCAACUUAAGCGCUUUGCCCAAGAAGCGAACGUUCAAAGUGUUGGAGGACAAGAACAUCUACCCUGCGCCAGCAGAACGGUAG